AUGGCCACCAUCAAGACGCGCAUCCUCAUCAUAUCCGACACACACGCCGCACCUCCCAAGCCGUCGAGCGGAGGGCUAGAUGAGGAGCUGUUCGAUCCCAGAUCCUACGGCCAUGCUGUGACGGGGUACCGCGUCCCCCUACCCCCAGCCGACGUUGUGCUGCACGCCGGCGAUCUGACGAGACGGGGGAGACCCCAGGAGCUCCGGGAUGCUUUCAGCAUGAUCCAGGACAUCGACGCACCCCUCAAGAUCGUCAUUGCGGGGAACCACGACCUCUGCCUGGACCCUAGGUACGAAGACAUCUCUGCCGACACCUCGUCCGCGGAUGCAGCCGCCAAGAUCGUCAAGGACGCCGAGUCCCACGGCGUCCGCUACCUAGACGAGGGCACCUACACAUUCGACCUCGACAACGGGGCCAGACUGUCCGUCUACGCGAGCCCAUGGACGCCCCAGUACGGCUACUGGGCCUUCCAGUACAGCCAGGGCCACAGCUUCGCCAUCCCGCCCGGCGUCGACAUCGCCAUGACCCACGGCCCGCCCUAUGGAGUCCUCGACCUGGCUGGCGGGGGAGGUCGCUCCGAGCGUGCCGGGUGCCGGGAUCUGUACGCGGCUGUGCGACGGGCGAAGCCCCGUGUCCACUGCUUCGGCCACAUCCACGAGGCUUGGGGUGCCUACUUGGCUGGGUGGAAGGAGAGUUUCUCGCCCGAAGGUAUAGACGCUGAAGCGUCCAAGACUGUGGCCAACCUGGAUACCAUGAGGCCACUCACUACCGAUAGCCAGGACGUUCAGAAUGAGAAGAUGGCCAAGCUGAGAGAUAUAGCAAGACGGAGGGGCAUGGAGCUGGACUUGACGCAGGGGGUACACAGGGUUGAUCCUGGGGAGCAGACGUUGUUCGUCAACGCAGCCAUCAUGGACAUCAGUUAUAGACCUGUACAGCCCCCUUGGAUCAUUGAUAUAGAUUUGCCACCGGCAACAUAG